AUGGCACAAAUUUUAGAUGUAGAACAUUUAAAUGUAUUACCAUCUAAAGCCUAUUAUCUAAAGCUAGAGAAGGAUCCAAAUGAUUACUGUGCCCAUGAAGAUAAAUACGAAAGUGUAAAAUCUAAUUUAGAACGUCUUGUGCAUAUUAAGGAUGAAAUAAAAAAAAUUUUGAACUCAUUUUGUAAAUUAUCCUAUGGUACAUUAGAGAGGUCUGAAUGUGAAGAACGGUGCGAUCGACUUUACUAUUGGAUUGGGGAUAUGAUAGUUCAUAAGAUAAAUAAUGAUGAUGAGUUUAAUAAUAUUUUUAAAAAAUUACAAGAAGAACAAGCUAAAAUUGGUUCAUCUCAUAACUGUAAAUGUAAAUUUUUAAAGGAUAUUAAAAAAAAUGAUUUCAUAAGCAUGAAGGUAAUGUAUGAUUAUUCAAUAGAUCAUAGUCAAAUUAUAAGUAGUCUUAGGAAUAGUGGAAUUUUUUGUGAUAAGAGUUAUAUGAAUCAUAUUCAAAAAUCAGUUUAUAAAUAUAAGGAAAUAUAUGAUAUUUGCACAGAUGAUAAAAAAAAUACAUUUUGCGAUGAAUUUAAAAAAUUUUAUCCUGACCACAAAACUAACAGGCUACCGGAUUUAAAAUGUAAAUUAAAAGAUGAAUCAACAGAAUUAACUUUUUCACAUUAUAUUUCCAUUCCGCAUAUCCAGAUAAAAGAGACUGAUAUACCAACAACAGUUAAACACUUAUCAUUUUCAUCGUUUAAAACUUUUCUUAUUACAUUUUUAUCUAUAGCAUUUUUACUAAUUUGCAUUUUUUUGUGUACGGUAAUAAAAAAUAUUAUUUAUAUAUUUAUUACACCAAUGGGAGCGUGGAUACAUAAAUACGUAAUAAAAAUUAAUUCAAUAAGAAAUAUUUUAUAUGAUAUAACAGGGCAAGGAUUAAUGGAAAAUAAAUUUUACAUUAAUAAAAUUAACACAGAGAAUGAAGAAUUUAAAUUAUAUUAUUAUAAUUCAUGA